AUGGCAGGUCUCUCGCCAGUCUUCUUCCCAACCUUUCUGGCAGAUCUGUCCUCACCAUACUCCAAUCUCAAAGGUCUGUUGAUCAAUUUGCGCACGGUUUUGUCUUUCAAAGCGUUGGUUGGUCCUUCAACGUCUCUGAAGUCUAUAAAGCAGAACCCUUUACACUUGCCAGUAUCCUCGAAAGUGGCCAUUCUGAUCUUCACUAUCUCACCACAGUGUCUGAAAUGCUCCUCCAACAGCUCCUCGGUGGUAUCGAACGAUAGGUUUCCAACAAACAAGAUUCUAGAAGGUGGAUUUUUUGACAAUUGUUCUUCAGCUUUGGCAGGUCUUCCUUCAAAGGAAUUGGCGUCCUUGAUAAGCAGCUUGCGUCCGUUCAAGUUCUCCUCGGAAAGCGAAACAGCACUUUUCAUCUGCUCGAGCGUCUUGAAGUCGAUGUAUGCGAAACCCUUGAUUUUGUGGGCAGUCUUUUUCGGAAUAUUAACUCUGUUGGGUUUCAACUUGGGAGUCCAAGCCAACGACGGCUCUUGUAAGACCGCCUCUGAUUACGAGUCCGAUUUGGACACUCUGUCCGGUCAAGCUCAGACCAUCAAGACUUACGCUGUUGCAUCUUGUAACACUCUGCAGAUUCUGGGACCUGUUGCCGAAGACAAAGGUUUCACCAUCACCUUGGGUAUCUGGCCAACUCCAGACUCCACUUUCACUGCUGAGAAGGAGGCUCUUUCUUCGUAUUUGCCAAACAUCUCGAAGAGCACCAUCAAGGCCUUCACCGUUGGAUCGGAAGCUCUUUACAGAGGUGACCUGACUGCCUCCGAGCUGGCCAACGACAUUUCCGAGAUCAAGAAGCUCUUGUCCGGAAUCAAGGACAAGAACGGUGACUCUUACAGCGACGUUCCUGUCGGAACUGUUGACUCGUGGAACGUUCUUGUUGACGGUGCUAACGCCGAUGUCAUCAAGACCGCCGACGUUAUCUACGCCAAUGCCUUCUCUUACUGGCAAGGACAGGCCAUGAACAACGCUUCGUUUUCUUUCUUCGAUGACAUCAUGCAAGCUCUGCAGACCAUCCAAACCACCAAGGGUUCUACCGACAUUGACUUCUGGGUUGGUGAGACCGGAUGGCCUACCGAGGGAGACAACUACGAAUCUGCUCAGCCAUCUGUUGACAACGCCGAGCAAUUCUGGAAACAAGCUGUCUGUGCUAUGAGAGGAUGGGGUGUUAACACCUACGUCUUUGAGGCCUUUGACGAGUCUUGGAAGCCAGACACUUCCGACUCCUCCGCCGAGAGAUACUGGGGUGUGUGGACCGAUCAAAGAUCCCAAAAAUACGACCUGGACUGUGACUUCUCGUCACAUGAGACGAUACCGACCACAAUAACGAGGAAAGUGAACAGGUUCCAUUUCACGGUCAUGGUGAAGGCCAAGAAAAGCACAAUCAGCAAGAUACGACCAACAAGCAAGAAAUAUUUCUUGUUGUCCUUGGACUCCAUCAAAGGCAGCCCUGGCAUCAGCAAGGAUCUCUUGUCAACGACCAAGGAGUCUGAAAGAGCCAGCAACAGACCUCCGAUCACCGAAACGUUUCUCAGGAAAAAAAUUGGCUCAAAGAAGAGACCGUAG